GAGAGAGAGAUAGAGAUGAAGCGGAUCUGUGCGCUCGUGGAUGAAAGCGCGAUUCGGUAACACAAGCAAUCACCAGGGGACUAAAUCCGGUCGUUUGCGUCUCCGCGCGCUCCGCUUCAUUGAUCCUUUGAUCUGCGCUUGAUUUUCUUUGAGGGAAUUCUAUUUAGAAAUGCGUGCCAUCGCGUGCCAUCGUCGUCGCCUCCUGUUCGCUCCGCUCUCCUGCCCUCUGGUCCUCGCACGCCGUUCGCGCGCUUGACGCAGCGUCUGAUGAGAGAGCUCGUGGGCCAGCGGCGAGCAGCAUGUCCUCGCGCAAGAUCUCGUCGGAGUCGUUCAGCUCGGUGGGUUCCGACUGCCUCGAGAGCCCCGACGAUGCCGAGUGCCCGUUCUCGCGCGCCUUCUGGAACGGCCGGAGCCCCGCGGAGACGCGCGCGUGUCCGUUCGACGACCAGGUUGCCACGGGAGCGAGAAGGGCCGCCAGGAGAAAGCGCGUGAAUUUGGACUCGCUAGGAGAGAGUCUGAGACGGCUCACUUCACCCACGACACAGACGAUCGAGCAGGCAUUGCAGAGAACUGUGGACUUCUACAGACAGAGAAAUAACAGCAGCGAGGACGGAUCAGAGCAGAAACGUGGAUUAGAAAAAUGUCCGUUUGUAAACUCCCAGUCUGACAACCAAACUGACAUCUCAGGAAUUCUGCAGUAUACAGCGGCAAUAGUGGGUGUUGGGUUCCCGACCCUCCGGGAGCGUUUCGGUGAAGAAUUCUUUGGACUUUGUCUAGAGGAGAACGAGCGCGUUCUCCGCGCUCUGGGUGGGAACUUGCAAGACUUCUUUAACGGUUUUGAUGCUCUACUGGAGCACGCCAGGACUUCAUACGGCCGCAGAGCGUCUUCGGAGUCAGCGUCCUUUCUGUGCAAGGAUACGGAGGAAAACAGAGAUGAUGAUGGAGGAGGAAGAACCCUGCUUCUGCACUGUUUUAACCCUGAUCCUACAGUGGGCGUGGCCAUGCCAGGGUUGAUCCGAGCUGCUGCUCGCCGCAUUUACCAAGCAGAAGUUGAGGUGGAGGAGGCUCCACCCACACGUCUCCGUGCAAUUAACGAGGAUGGAGAAAUAUCUGAUCGCUCUACACCAUCAUCAUCUCCAUCUCCACCCACUUUCUCAUCCCCUGGCUGUUUGUCGUUCCUCAUCCGAGAAGUUCGGAUCACGUCGUCCAUGCCAUCGCCGUCAUCAAUGUCCUCACGUGAGCUGUCACACUCGCCGACGGACCUCCGGAUCGGACUGAGCACCUUCUGCAGAGCGUUUCCAUUUCACCUCAUCAUCGGCCCCAACAUGGAAGUUCUGCAGGUGGGGGUGGGGCUAAAGAAUGUCGGGGAGGGGAUUAGGAAGCCACACAGGACGCUGAGCUUCAGUGACAGCUUCCAGCUCGUCUCUCCAAGAAUUCCUUGCUCUUUCCAGAACAUUCUGCUGCGGCUGUCUACUCCGUUCACCAUUCGCACUCGGCCAGACCCGUCCGCUCUGGAGAGCAGGGAGAAGGUCAUGGAACUGAAGGGUCAGAUGAUUCAUCUUCCAGAGUCAAACUCCAUCAUGUUCCUGGGCUCGCCUCGUGUCGAUAGGUUGGAGGAGCUAAUGGGGCGUGGCUUACAUCUUUCAGACAUCCCUAUCCAUGAUGCCACUCGUGAUGUCAUACUGGUGGGCGAGCAGGCAAAGGCUCAGGAUGGCUUAAAGAAGCGCAUGGACAAGCUAAAGGCCACACUGGAGCGAACGCACCGCGCACUGGAGGAGGAGAAGCGACGCACUGUCGAGCUUCUCUACUCCAUCUUCCCAGGCCAUGUGGCACAGAGACUCUGGCAGGGACUUCCUGUCCAGGCCAAAAAGUUUGAUGAUGUCACCAUGUUGUUCUCUGACAUUGUAGGAUUUACGGCCGUGUGCGAACACUGCACACCGAUGCAGGUCAUCAGCAUGUUGAACGAGCUGUACACGCGCUUCGACUACCAGUGUGGUGUGCUUGAUGUCUACAAGAUUGAAACAAUCGGCGAUGCGUACUGUGUGGCUGCAGGGCUCCACAGGAAAUGUGUCUGUCACGCCAGGCCGAUUGCGUUAAUGGCACUGAAGAUGAUUGAGCUCUCAGAGGAGGUUCUCACACCUGACGGAAAGCCCAUCAAGCUGCGAAUAGGGAUCCACUCGGGUUCUGUGUUAGCUGGAGUGGUUGGUGUGAAGAUGCCACGUUACUGUUUGUUCGGUAACAACGUCACACUCGCCAGCAAGUUCGAGUCCGGCAGCCAACCGCGGCGCAUUAACGUUUCCCCAACAACGUACCAGUUCCUUCAUGACGAUCGCUCGUUCUCUUUCAUCUCUCGCUCCCGUCAGGAGCUUCCUGAAAACUUUCCCAAAGAGAUUCCAGGACUCUGCUACUUCCUGGAGGCCAGGAAAUCUGGUCAAGGAAGCCACACCUCCUUGACCAACACUCGUUCCGCCCCCAUCCGAAAAGCAUCCUAUAACAUCGGGACCAUGUUUCUACGUGAAACCAGCCUCUGAGGAAAGCCCUGCUUACCUACUAUGCCGCUACUUAAACCAUGCCUAUAAGGCCAGAGGUGCCUGUGGCAACCAGUGUCUCCUCCUGGAGCACGUCGCUACCCGCAACUCCGCCCUGACCCCACAUCACCCCUUUCCUGUCCCAGAACCCCCUGCGACAUGCCCCCAAGUCCCAUGCAGAGCUGAUGAGAAGGUCUGCAGGAACAAGAAAUGAAUAUUCAUGAAUAUUCAAAUUUGACUUUAAAAGAAAUAUGGACAUUUGCAUUAAGCCUUUUGCUCCACACAUGCGUACACACAUAUUAUAUGCACAACAACAACAACAACACACAAAACACACAAAAUAUAAGCAUAUACAAUAUACACAUGGCUCUCAGCAACUUAUGAACCUGGUGCCUUCUGAUAAAUAAACACAAUGUGUUUGUGUGUGUGUAAGAGAGAGAGAGAGAGAGAGAGAGAGUGUGUGUGUGUGUGUGUGUGUGUGUGUGAGUGUUUCAGCUUGUGAGGCCCCCUGCUAUAAUUUCAUUCAAACUGGACUGUCAGUCAUUCUACAUCCAUUCACACCACAACACCUGUCAAUCAAACUCAGACCUCCAUUCACACCACAACACCUGUCAAUCAAACUCAGCCCUCCAUUCACACCACACCAACACCUGUCAAUCAAACUCAGACCUCCAUUCACACUACACCAACACCUGUCAAUCAAACUCAGCCCUCCAUUCACACUACACCAACACCUGUCAAUCAAACUCAGCCCUCCAUUCACACUACACCAACACCUGUCAAUCAAACUCAGCCCUCCAUUCACACUACACCAACACCUGUCAAUCAAACUCAGCCCUCCAUUCACACUACACCAACACCUGUCAAUCAAACUCAGCCCUCCAUUCACACUACACCAACACCUGUCAAUCACACUCAGCCCUCCAUUCACACCACACCAACACCUGUCAAUCAAACGCAGCCCUCCAUUCACACCACACCAACACCUGUCAAUCAAACGCAGCCCUCCAUUCACACCACACCAACACCUGUCAAUCAAACGCAGCCCUCCAUUCACACCACACCAACACCUGUCAAUCAAACGCAGCCCUCCAUUCACACCACACCAACACUCUUUCAGUAACAUCACGCCAUGAGCUGUCACUCAAACCCAAACCCAUGACCCAAUACCAAUCCAUCAAAUCCAGCCCACCAAUCACACUGCAAUAAAAACUCAGUCAAACCCAGCCCUUCAAUCACAUCACACUAAAGGCAGUCUAUCAAGCCCAACCCUCUAAUCUCACCAUACAAAGAGCUGUCAAUCAAACCAGGCCCUCCAAUCACAUCACAUUAACAUAUGUCAGUCAAACCAAGACCUGUCAAUCAAACCCAGCCCUCCAAACACAUCCAGAGCUGUCAAAUAAACUUAAAUUAACUCUUUAAUUAAACCACAACAAAACCUGUUAAUCAUUUUCCACAAUAACAAUAAAAUGAAGUAUAGCUUACA